CUCUCCUCUACAAACGACAUCCGACCAUCAUAUGUUCGCUUCUUCGGCUGCCAGGUCAGCGCCGCGGGUGCUGUCCAGCACCCUUUCGCGAUCCGGAGCUUCCCUCCUGGCACGUUCGGGCGGGGGUGUUGCCUCGACUUCUUCGGUAGCAGUGGCUGCUGCCCUGCGAUCGAGUCAGCGUGUAAGGAGAUACGCAACGCCCAGCGAGGACAGCAAGGAUCCAGAGCGACGACGGGGAACGAGCCGAAAGGAUUUCGAAGAUGGCGUCGAGCAAGGUCUCCGAGAGGCCAAGGAGAAGCGCACAUCAUCAGAGGAAGCCGAUUUGCCCAAAGCAUUGAAGGGCUGGUUUAGCCAGGAGGGAGCGAAGGACAGCGAAGGGACCAGCAAGAAGGCUGCCGAGGAUGGGUCAGAGGAGGAAGCUGGUGGCAAGGAAAACAAGAAGAAGAAGGCGGGCGAAAAUGACAAGCAGGGGUCACCUUUGGGAGGUGCCGGUGGCGGGGGUGGCGGACCUCAAGAGGUCCGCAUCAAUGGCAAUACUGCUAUCGCCGCCAUCAUUGCGACGUACGUCAUUUAUCAAAUCACCUCGCCCAGCUCCAAUGCCCGUGAGAUUACCUGGCAAGAGUUUCGCACCGCCUUCCUCGACAAGGGCCUCGUUGACCGCCUCGUCGUCGUGAACCGAACAAAGGUCAAGGUGUACCUGCACUCGAACGCCACCGGUACCAUGUACGGCAAGGAGGCCUCUGCUCCCGGUGGCAACGGUCAGGCCGCUUAUUGGUUCAGUGUCGGUUCUGUGGAGGCAUUCGAGCGCAAGCUCGACGAUGCUCAGCGGGAGCUCGCAAUUCCGACGAACGAGCGCAUCCCCGUCGCCUACCACGAAGAGAUCAGCACCGCCAGCACACUCCUUCACUUUGCGCCUACGCUCCUCAUCGCCGGCAUCCUCUUUUACAUGACCCGGAGAGCAGCGGGGGGGAUGGGCUCGGGCGGUGGCGGUGGCGGUCCAGGAGGCAUCUUCGGCAUUGGAAAGUCGCGCGCAAAGAUGUUCAAUCAGGAGACCGACGUCAAGACCAAGUUUGACGCCGUCGCUGGCAUGGACGAGGCAAAGGAAGAGAUCAUGGAGUUUGUCAAUUUCCUCAAGAAGCCCGAGCGGUACGAGAAGCUCGGCGCCAAGAUUCCACGGGGCGCCAUUCUCUCGGGUCCCCCGGGUACCGGCAAGACGCUCCUGGCCAAGGCCACAGCUGGCGAGGCUGGUGUUCCUUUCCUCAGCGUAUCUGGUUCUGAGUUUGUCGAGAUGUUUGUUGGUGUUGGUCCUUCGCGGGUGCGAGACAUGUUUGCCAAUGCCAAGAAGCACGCACCGUGCAUCAUCUUUGUCGAUGAGAUUGACGCCAUCGGCAAGGCGCGAGGCAAGGGUGGCAGCUUUGGUGGCAACGACGAGCGCGAAUCGACUCUCAACGAGCUCCUCGUUCAGAUGGACGGCUUCAGCACAGAGGAGCACGUCGUUGUUCUUGCUGGUACCAACCGUCCCGACGUUCUGGACCCUGCUCUUCUUCGGCCUGGUCGCUUCGAUCGACACAUCAGUAUCGAUCGCCCCGACAUUGGCGGACGGAGAGCCAUCUUCAUGGUUCAUUUGAAGCCGCUCAAGCUCGCCGAGGGUACCGACAAGGAGAUGCUGGCUGAAAAGCUGAGCACCCUUACCCCUGGCUUUUCGGGCGCCGACGUCGCCAAUGUGUGCAACGAGGCCGCCCUCAUCGCUGCCCGUGGCGGUCUCGCAGCUGUCGAUGAGAACAGCUUUGACCGUGCCAUCGAGAGAGUCAUUGCUGGCCUGGAGCGGAAGACGAGGGUGCUUUCGCCCGAGGAAAAGAAGAUUGUCGCCUAUCACGAAGCGGGCCACGCUGUCUGCGGCUGGUAUCUCGAGCACGCCGAUCCUCUUCUCAAGGUCAGCAUCAUUCCACGGGGCGUUGGUCUCGGCUACGCCCAGUACCUGCCCAAGGAGAGGUAUCUGUUUAGCACCGAGAUGCUCAUGGACCGAAUGUGCAUGACUCUCGGCGGCCGUGUUUCGGAGGAGAUCAACUUUGGCAGCAUCACGACGGGUGCGCAGGAUGACUUGAGCAAGAUCACAAAGAUUGCCUUUGAGAUCUGCGCCUCGUAUGGCAUGAACUCGACGAUGGGACCCAUCUCGUACAAGCCCGAGCAGGACUCAAUGCACAAACCCUAUUCGGAGAAGACCAACGAGAUGUUGGACCAAGAGGUCCGCAAGAUGGUCAGUGAGGUACACCGUCGCACGACGGAGCUUUUGACAAAGCACCUCGACGCGGUUGAGAAGGUGGCGCAGCUGCUGCUCAAGAAGGAGGUCAUCACCCGAGAAGACAUGCGCCUGACGCUGGGCAAGCGGCCUUUCAAGACGGCAGACGAAGCGGACGAGUACCUCGACAAGAAGGGCAUUGGCAUCCAGCGAGGCGAGACGAGUGCACCGCCGCCACCGCCCGAGGACUUUCCUAGCCCCGGUCUUGCUGCCAAGGGCGACGAGCCCAAGCUGUAGCAGUGCUUCUUUAAUCUCUCGUUUUGAACCACCUCUCUGUUCCGA